UACAAGUUGACCACUCGACGAACAUACUUGACCUUCGAUAAACUUGACAGUAGACACCUCAACUAAGGAAUUGAACACAGGAUAGACAAUACAGUGGAAAAUGGAUUUCCUUCUCGUUUUGUUAUGAUUUCGCUUGACGGUAUAGCAAUCAUCGGCGGAAAACCAUUGUAGGGAAGCAUUGUCGGCGGGCAAAAGGACUUUCGUAUCGAGUGCAAUAUGGUUUGAUUUGUAAAAACGAUUCCUUGGAAAAAAGCUCAUCCGUCCACGGAUCUCAAAUACAAAAAACGUUAAAGGGGCGAUCAGUGUAUAGAGGUUUGGCCUGCAGUAUGCUCAGGGUUUGCAAUAUAGAGAUAUUAUGGCUGCAGGUGAGGCCAGCACAACAAAGUCUCGUCAAGAAAAACAAUACGAUUACCUCCUUAAAUUUUUGCUGGUGGGUGACAGUGAUGUUGGAAAACAAGAAAUCUUGAGUGGACUUGAAGAUGGUGCUGCCGAAUCCCCGUUUUGCAGCGGCAGUGCAUAUAAAACUACUACUAUUUUAUUGGAUGGAAAAAGAGUAAAAUUACAAUUAUGGGACACAUCAGGACAAGGUAGAUUUUGUACAAUAAUCAGAUCUUAUUCUCGUGGCGCUCAAGGUAUAUUUUUAGUUUAUGACAUUACCAACAAAUGGUCUUUUGAUGGCAUUGAUAGAUGGUUAAAGGAAGUUGAAGAGCAUGCUCCUGGAGUACCAAAAGUACUUGUAGGCAAUCGCCUUCAUUUAGCUUUCAAAAGACAAGUGGGAGAACGUGAUGCUGAAGCAUAUGCAGCUAAAAAUCAUAUGGCAUUUUUUGAAGUCUCACCUCUCUGUGAUUUUAAUAUUCGUGAAAGCUUUUCUGAACUUUCUCGAAUGGCUUUACAUCGUAAUGGUAUGGAAAGAUUAUGGCGAUCUAAUAAAGUUCUCAGUCUUCAAGAACUUGCAUGUCGUGCAAUAGUUGCAAGAACAACAGUUUAUGGCAUUGAUCAGCUUCCAUUGCCUAAAUCCAUUAAAUCUCAUUUGAAAUCUUAUGCAAUGACAACUACAUCUCAAUUACGUUAUAACGGGAAUAGAUCACUGAGCUCUAGUAAAAGUCUUGGUUCUCAUCAUCGAAAAUUGCGUUUUGUUGGUGUAGGACAUAAUGGAUUGUCAACUCCAGGUAGCUCACCUGGCAGUAUAACAGAUUCUCGUACCAGUUGUGUUGGUCGUAAUUCUUGCACAAUAUCUUGAGAGUAAUUUUAUGAUUAUAAUUGUAAAUAUAUGAUACUAAUUCUUUCUUCCUGUUUUGAUGUGAAGAGUUUUGUUAACAUGUGCCAUCAAAAAUGAUAAAAUAUUGAAAAUUUUUAUUUUUUAAUAGUGACUACGGUGAAAUACUAGCAAUAAAAUUGAAAAAAUGAUUUACUUAAUUACAAAAUAUAAAUAAUCAUACUGCUUUUAUAUUUAAUUUCAUAGUUAUCUAAUAUUACAAUUUUAUUAUGUUAUAUUUCUAUAAUUGUUUUAUAUUUGAAAUAAUAGUUCCACGAUUUUGAUUAACAAUACGAAAAUUCCAGUAUUAUUCAAAAAAUUAGUUAAAAUUUUAUCAACAAUACAAGAAUACAUUAAUAAAUAAUAUAAUUAAUAAUUCAAGCACAUUAAUAAAAAAUUAUCAAUGAAAUUUUAAUUUUUCUCCUUAAAAUUUGAUGGACAAUGUUUUUUAAAAAUCUAUAUUAAAACAGGAAAAAAUGAAGUGAAAAGUACAAGUUUACUAAGUCUACAAAGGUUGUGGUGUAGACUA